AUGGUUGGCGUCUUGACACGCACGGUGGUCCGGAGCCCCGUGGUCAAAUGCAUCUUACAAGCCCGUAUCCGCUCCAGCACCUGCAACGAUGUCAUCUUCGUGGGGGAUGAUUUCAUCGACGUCAAAGAAGUACGGCACCAAGGCCACUUGGAGCACGUUGCGGCGAAGGCCAACUUUGAUGCUCGCAUUCGUGCUGCAAAGGUGUUCACUAUCGACCCGCUGCUCGACGAAGACGACAUUUUCGUCAAGCUGGAGAACGGCGAGCCCUCUCUGGACGAUCGCAAAUUGCCGCCGCAAUGUCUUGCAAUCACUCUCGACUCCAGCGAGCUGCUAUUUCUCUACUUGAGAGGUGAUCAGGAGACUGGCUUCCACUUUGUUCAUCAAUCAGUCCCGCUUCCCCGGUAUGACAAAACGAUCUUUCAACCCGGUGAGCACCUGGCUGUCGAUCCUUCCUCUCGCGCCUUGGCCGUAGUCGCCGCUGAAAGGGAGCUUGUCAUUUACGCCGCAAACACGAAAGAUGAUAUAAAGCGUAGCAUACGGCAGAACACCGGAAAGUGGCCCAUUGUCUCUACACAACGCCACCUGCAGGUUGACGGGGUUAUCCAUCACAUGGACUUUCUGCUACCGUCUGCAGACGAUGAAGAUCACAUUGUCCUCCUCCUCGUUGUCGCACAUGGACGAAGAACGAAAGCUUUAUGCAUUGACUGGUACGUGGGCUCCGACCUACAUCAAGCCCACAUCCAUCCUGGCCAGCCGCUAGACAUCGGAGGAGGCACGCCUUCGCUACUGAUUCCACUAAGCAAUGCAUCUUUCUUUCUCAUCAGCGGCGCAAAUGUUGUACGGUGGACAAACGUCAUAUGUGGCUCGAUAGUGGGCAGGGAAGUUACCCUGUUGCAUCGCGACCCAUACCAUCCCGGUGCAUCGCCUAGACAGCCAAUGUGGGUGAACUGGUGCCGGCCGAAACGAGUGCAGGCCAGAACCGACGAGGUGGACCACCUCUAUCUGGUCCGCGAAGACGGCGCUAUGUUACUGCUCGAGGUCCUCGAGGACGAGGUUUUCUCCAGCCACGCAGGCAACUUCGAAUGCCACGUCGGGACCGCCUUUGCCUCGGUGGGCGAUUUGCAAGAUCCUGACAUUCUGAUCGCGGCAGGAGAUAUGAGCAAUGGCAAGAUCUACGCCAUUGGACACUGGUCCCUACCGAUUCGAGUGGCGGAUCUCAAUCGAUUGGACACCAUGAAGAUGAGGCUCGUGGAGAGUCUCCCGAAUUGGGCCUCAACCACCGACAUGGUCACUUCCACAUUGCCGGGCAAAUCGCAGCGGUUUCGAGAUGGCGUUUUCAUCACUUCAGGCCGUCAGCCAUUCGGAUCAGUCACCGAACUAAGACGAGGCGUGGAGGCUCGCCUCUCGGUAUACUUCGAGCUGGAAGAACUGCGAGGAGUGACAGACGUUUGGGCAUUGCCCAUCGUAGGGGUGGGCCGGAUGCUUAUCCUUUUGGCCACUCCUUCUCACACGCAACUACUUGACAUCUCGUCUGAUGUCGAUUUGCAAGUCUACGAAGUUGAUGAAGAAGCCUCUGCCUUGGAUACCGGUAGUCAGACCUUGGCAGCCGCCAGUAACUCCGAAGGAAUGCUGUUCCAGAUUACUCGAAGGAGUAUCUGCGUAUCUAACGGCCCGGCUGCAAACUUUGAAGACUCUGCACGGUUUGAUUGCCGCGAUGCAACAAUUGUGGCGGCUGCCAUUGAAACAGGCCGGCUUCUGGCAGUGACUGCGGAGCGAUCUGGCGACUUAGGAUCGCAAUCCACCCUAGUAUGCUACCGCCUGGGAGGCAACGAAGAUGACAUGGACCGGGCCAGUGUGGAGCGAAAGGCCGAGUUGGCAUUGCAAGAGGAGCCUCUUUGUGUGAUGCUGUUUACCCAAGACCCGGCCACGAUCGCCUUCGUAGCUACUACAGACGGCAACUUGCUGGCGGUUUCAGUGGGGCAAGACUAUACCUUGAAAGCCAUAUCGAGUUAUGGCGUUCCAACCUCUCCAGGAGGCCUUGGAAUCUGCGAUAGCAUGGCCAUCCUUAGCGCCGGCUUCGAGAACGGUGGCGCACCUGAUUUACCCUUGCUAGUAUGUGGCCUACGAGACGGCAGGAUCUAUACGUCAACAAUUGGGCCGACAGAGAAUCUCGCAUUGGGCGAGGGCAAGUUCAUCGACUUCAGCCAAACGAGCGUCAAACUUGUCCAGGUGCAGGACCACGGCUCCAUUUGCUAUGCAAUAAGUGGCUUAGACACUUGUCUGCUUACCUGGGACCGUCAACGGCCAGUAUUCGUGGACAUUCAGAAUGUGUUCAUAUCGGAUAAAUCGCGACCGCAACUCGCUCAAGGCCCUAUAGUGGCUUGUACACACAUGCCGGCUGCUCAUUUUCUAGCGACUACCAGUCUCGCAGACUCUCUCGUCUUGGUAUCUGGCAACGAGUUCCUGGUCACAACGCUCGACACCACACUUGUCACAAUACCGCGGCAGAUACCAGUCAGCGGAACGCCCAAUCGCCUGAUAUACGCAGAGCAACAGCGAUCACUGGUCUGUGCAUCAUUGCAAUACGGCGUCAACCCAUUCCCGUCCGCGGCGCCUCAAAGACAAAUAUGGCCUGUAAUUAAUUUCAUCCCAUCUCGAGGCAGUGAGCCAUCGUUCACCUACGACAUGCAGCCUGGAGAGCGGGUGUACAGUCUGCUCGAAUGGUCUUUCAGGCUCGGCGAGGACAAGAUCUAUUCCUUCAUUCUCGUUGCCGGAAGCUACACCCGAUCGAGCGGAUCAGUACGAGGACGCAUCUCCUUUCUCCAGCCAGCAAACAAGAAUUGGACAGUGACUGGCGUCAAAGAAGGGCAGAGGACCAGCUUCGAUGCCCCGGUAUACGCUCUGGCGCUUCUUGAUGAGAUCACUUACGCCGCCUGUGUUGGGUCGACCGUUGUUGUCUUUCGCUUCGCCGUGGAAGAGAGAAAGUGGGAGCAAAUGUGCUCGCCAUUCGAGCUCGCCAGCCCUGGUAUUCACAUUACCGUCUGGGGGACGAGUCAAAUCUUCAUCUCCACGGCCGAAGAUUCCUUGGUCAAGCUCGUCUUCAGCGACCACGACCAGCACUCGGAGGUCGAGAGCUUUCCGCACCGCCUAUCAUUUGGCGCAUCCGGCCCGCGUGCGGAUGCCCUCUUGAACCACACCUGGCUUGAGGCAUCCACUCAUCUCAUGACCACCAAAUACGGCCAGUUACUGGGUCUGGACGCCACUUCCCAGACGGACGGUCCCUUUGGUCAGAUGCUCUUCGAGGCUAAUCUACCUCGCUCGCUCACAAGGGUGCGCAAAUGCAACGUGCGUGCGCCGUGGAAGCCUCGACGGCCGACGGACCAGCGAGCCGAGAAGGAUCGAGUAGCAGAUUACGAUGUCGUUGCGUGUGCUGCAGACGGCACCAUCGUCGGCGUCACGCUCAUCAGCGAAGAUCUUUUGCGCCGUCUCAGUUGGCUGCAGAGAUUGUGCGAAUGGAGCGAAGUGCUCUCGCCUCAUUCUCAUGGCCGCGCCGCCUACAGCGUCAGUGAGCAAAGCUUCGCGAGGGACGAACGGGCUAUGUCGGUAGGGUUGGGAGCAGGCAGCACUGCCGAGCUUGUGAUGAGGACGGGUCGGAGCGCGCUGAGUGAUAGGCACGUUGAUGGCGAUGUGCUGGCGAGAUUGCUUGAAGGCGAUGGCAAGGAGAAUUUGCGUUGCUUGCUCAGAGAGAUCGCACAGAGGGAAGAUGGAGUGGGCGAGUGGAUGCGCGCUCAUAUGGCGCAGGAGCUGAGUGCAGUUGAUGAGACGAUGGAGAUUGCAGAGAGGCUGCUUGAUGCGUGGAUCUAA